AUUAGUAAGCCAUUUUUCAAAAAAGAAAACUAUUGAAUUAUUUAUCAGAAAAAGAUCUGCAAUAGUCAAAUACGUAUAAUGCGCCACGUGUGGUUACUUUUCAAAGAAACACGACAGACACUGAUUUGUCAGAAGAAAACAAAAUAAUGAGAAAUUCAAAAACACGAGAUACAUUGAACCUGGACACUUAGCAUGCCAAGGCCAAAACGCUUAUUAAAAGGAUCAACGACACAAUAGUGAAGUACACAAACAGAGGCAACGGAACCACCAAAUCAAGUUGUUUCCAAUAUUCAAAGAAAAUGGGAAAAGGAGGAGCUUAUCUGACGGUGGCGGCGGAAGAGGUUGAGAAGCUACGGAGGAGGAACGGAGAAUUGGAGAGAGAAAUGGAGGAGAUGAAGAAAGAGAUGAUUCAGUUGUGGAGGCGGACGGUGGUGGCGGAAGAGGCGGAGGAGAGACUCUGCUCGCAGCUGGCGGAGCUGGAGGUCGAGUCUCUAGAUCAGGCGCGUGAGUAUGAGUCUCGUAUACACUUCCUCGUGGACCAAAUCUCUCGUCUCUCUUCCUCCUCUCUCGAAGUCGUUGUUAUAAAUUCAUAGUGUCGGAGUACAUAUAUAUAUAUAUAUAUAUAUAAUAUCUGUAAAAAUGGCUAAUAAGAAUCCUAAGAUCUAUACCAGUUUUAAGUUUUUUUUUUUGGUUAGGAGGAUCCAAAACCUCUAGAGCUAGUCCGAUGUAAAAAAAAAGUAAAACAGAUCAAUACUGUAUUAAAAUUUCCAUUUUCAUUCAACAUUUAUAUACCUA